AUGGAUAACUCCCAAAGUGAUGACAGCCCAACCAACAAGCUCGAAUUCGGCUCGUUUACUCCGAGCCCUUCCAUGAUGACUAAGGAAAUGAGGAAGAAAAGAGCCGCGGUUCUGAUAUGCAUUUUUAAAGGGAGAGAAGGCGAGCUCCGUGUGAUUCUUACUAGACGAUCGAUGAAGCUGUCGUCUCAUCCAGGAGAUGUAGCAUUGCCUGGAGGAAAGAUGGACGAGUGUGACGUUGAUGACUCUGCAACUGCUCUCAGAGAAGCCAUGGAGGAAAUUGGAUUGGAUCCGAAUCUUGUCCGGGUUGUGGCCAAUUUAGAGCCAUUCAUUUCAUCGAAUUUAUUGAGGGUGGUGCCGGUCGUAGGGGUGUUGUCAAGAGUGGAAGAUUUCAAGCCGGUGCUUAAUUCAGAUGAAGUUGAUGCUAUAUUUGACGCACCUUUAGCAAUGUUUAUUGAGGUGAAAUCUACAGUGAUCAGAUUAUAA